ACCAUGCUGGCCAUUGUUUGGAAUACCAUCAAAUCACAGAAAAACAGCACAUGGCUUUCUCCUAUAGAAUGUCUGAACAAAGCAUGAGUCCUGAGCACAUUUUGCUGAGUACAUUCGAGGAUUUAAUCUCUCCCAACCAGUCCGGAUUCCAGACAGAACCAGUAGCAGCAGGGAUGCGACAGACUGCCGAGGAUCAGGGAAGCAAACUGCGCUGGGCAGCACUUCUGAUUCUCACAGUGAUCGUACCCACAAUUGGCGGAAACAUCCUGGUCAUUCUGGCUGUCUCACUGGAGAAAAAGCUGCAGUAUGCCACCAAUUACUUCCUAAUGUCCCUGGCGGUGGCCGACCUGCUGGUUGGACUGUUCGUGAUGCCCAUUGCUCUCUUGACAAUCAUGUUUGAGCCCAUGUGGCCCCUCCCACUCGGCCUCUGCCCGGCAUGGCUAUUUCUGGACGUUCUCUUCUCCACUGCGUCAAUCAUGCAUCUCUGUGCCAUCUCUGUGGACCGCUACGUAGCCAUUAAAAAGCCAAUCCAGGCCAAUCAAUGUAACUCCCGGGCUACAGCAUUCAUCAAGAUCACAGUGGUGUGGCUGAUCUCAAUAGGUAUUGCCAUUCCAAUCCCUAUUAAAGGUAUAGAGGUCAAUGUGGGGAACCUCAACAACAUCACCUGUGCACUGACAAAGGACCGUUUCAGCAACUUCAUGCUCUUCGGCUCACUGGCUGCCUUCUUCAUGCCUCUGGCAGUUAUGAUCGUCACCUACUUUCUCACCAUCCGUGCUUUACAGAAGAAAGCUUACUUGGUCAAAACCAAGCCACCUCAACGUCUAACAUGGUUGACGGUGUCCACAGUUUUCCAGAGGGAAGAAACACCUUGCUCGUCACCUGAAAAGGUGGCAAUGUUGGAUGGUUCUCGCAAGGACAAAACAUUGUCCCACUCAAGCAAUGACAUCCUUAUACGAAGGAUGUCUACAGGUGGAAAAAAAUCGGUGCAAACCAUUUCCAAUGAACAGAGGGCCUCAAAGGUUCUGGGGAUUGUUUUUUUCCUCUUUUUGCUCAUGUGGAGUCCCUUUUUUAUCACAAAUAUCACAUUAGUUUUGUGUGACUCUUGCAGUCAGGCUACUCUCAAUAAGCUGUUGGAGAUAUUUGUGUGGAUAGGCUAUGUCUCCUCAGGGGUGAAUCCUUUGGUCUACACCCUCUUCAACAAGACAUUUCGAGAUGCGUUUGGACGAUACAUCACUUGCAAUUACCAGGCCACAACAUCAACUCAAACUCUUAGAAAAUGCUCCAGCAAGAUCUACUUCCAGAAUCCAGUGACAGAAAACUCCAAGUUUUUCAUGAAACAUGGAAUGCGAAAUGGGAUUAAUCCUGUUUACCAGAGCCCUAUGCGACUCCGAAGUUCAGCUAGUCAGUCUUCAUCAGCCAUUCUACUAGAUACACUACUUCUCACCGAAAACGAAGGUGACAAAACUGAAGAGCAAGUCAGCUAUGUGUAG